AUGACCAAGGACGGCGGCAGCGAGACGGGCGGGUGCCUCUGCAUCGGCGCGCCGAUGCGCGCGCUGUCGCGGGCGUGCGACUCCGCCUGCGACCUCUACGUGCGCGGCAUGUCCGGGUGCGCCACCCGCGUGCCGGCCGGGGCAGUCGCGGGCGGCCGCGGCUCCGGCUUUGUCAGAUCGGCCACGACCGUGCACCUGUGGACGAGCUCGGACCGCGCCGACGACCUCAUCCGCGCCGCGUCGACGAAGCAGCGCCGCGUGGCGACGGCCGAUCAGCCGGCGGAUGUCGGGGCAGCAAAGAAGGGCCGCCUUGGCCCGGUGGCGCCGGCGAUCGUGCCGGCUCGGAGGAAGGGGCCGGCGAUGGCGACCAUCGCCGAGAACGGGCCGUGCGACUUCGGCGCCUGCGCGCUGACGCCACCGGAGCUGAGGAGGCGCGCCCCGGCGGUCGGUGGGGUGCGCGCGCCUGGCGGUGGGUUUGUCGCCGUCAUGGCGGCGAGCGAGGCCUUCGCGGCUCGAUCGUGACGCGUGUUUGCAAGAUGACGCGCGUAGCGGCUGUGUACAA